CAGACCUGCCGGGGCUCGCGCACCUGUCGUCAGAGGAGAAGCCGCCCGAGACACCCGCAGACGAUGAAGCCGCUGGAGCUGCGCGCGCACUCGCCCGAGCCCUCGCCUCUGUCCGGGGACGAGCUGGGCUCGGACGGCGACUGCGCCGUCAACAGCCCGGACCCGGCGCCGCAGAGCGCGGACUGCGCCAAGGGCAAGCCGUACACGCGCCGAGCCAAGCCGCCCUACUCCUACAUCGCGCUCAUCGCCAUGGCCAUCCGCGAGUCCGGCAGCGGGCGGCUGACCCUCGCGGAGAUCAACGACUUCCUGAUGAAGAAGUUCCCCUUCUUCCGCGGCAGCUACACCGGCUGGAGGAACUCGGUGCGCCACAACCUGUCGCUCAACGACUGCUUCCUCAAGGUGCUGCGGGACCCGUCCCGACCCUGGGGCAAGGACAACUACUGGAUGCUCAACCCGCACAGCGAGUACACCUUCGCGGACGGCGUGUUCCGCCGCCGGAGGAAGCGCAUCGCCCGGCGCUGCGGCCGCGCGCCGGAGGCGCCCGAGGAGCGGGUCAAGUUCUCCAGCUCCUUCAGCAUCGACUCCAUCCUCAGCAGGCCGCGCCGACCCGGCGAGGAGGCGGAGACGGAGCCCGGCGGCGCGCGGCUGCUUCCGCGCGCCCUGAACUGCUGCCUGCCGGAACCGGGCCGGGACGGGCCUCGGAGCGGCGGCUUCCACAUAGACUUCCUGCUGUCGUCCGCGCACGGCCGCUUCUGAGGCGCGCGUGCGCGCGCGUAUUUAUACUUGGUCCUGCUGUACACAAGUCGCAACACGACCCGCACGUGUGUUGUUUAUUUAAUUCAAAACAAACUGUACAGACGUGAAGAUGUGUUGUGUCGUGACGUCAUCGUGACGUGGAUGUUGUGCGUGAAGCUAUUCUGAAGUCAGUGGCUCAAUAAAGGG